CGCUGAGAGACCAGAACAAGACAAGUGGGCUGCUGCCCGUACCCAGGUACUGUGUGGUCUGUACUGUGGUGGUAUACAUAUUGGCAUGUACUCCGUACUCCGCGUACAGACCCAGCCUGGGCAAUACCGUGCUCUACCUAGGUACUCCGUACUGUACACGGUAGAUAGUCCAGCCUUAUUAACGACCAGUGCAGAAGGACCAGGAGCAGACCAGCGCAGCACACAAGCCUCAACCUCAACCUCCACCCUCAUACCCGAAUCGCAGCCACCACCGCCGACGCUGCAGAGUGCACAAGCCCACACACUCCCAGCUCGCACGCCAUCCCCAUCGCCGCCGCCGACGCCGCCACCGCCUUUCCUCCUUUCUGAUCGACCGACAUUGCAUUCGCUUGCGUUCACCUCCCGGCUCGGCCCUCUGCCCCUCUGCCAUCAUCACCCACGCACGCAAAUCCGCAAUCCGCAAUCCGCAAUCCGCACGAUAUAGCAGGGCAUCCGCAAGAGCUGGCACCCUGCCUCGACAACCAGCCUGCUGACCCCACCCGCCGCCCAACUGUCGAACGGGCUCAUGCCUCCGGAGCCUCACCGUCCACUGCCCUCCUCCGCGACAUAGACACGCAAGCCUCCUGAAGCCCCCGGCUGCUGAGCUUCCCCAGCCUGCGAGCCACACAUCGCGCCGCGGCGGACCCAGUCGAUCCCCUUCCGGCCCUCGCAGGAGCCGGAAACCUCGCAGAUGGAUGCCGCAGACGUCUUCCGGCAAGGGCUUGGUUCCGUGAUUUCUCGGCCGCCCCAGUACUUCUACAACCCUCCCGGCCCUCCUCGUACUUCCCAGCCGCCCCAGCCUGCUCCCUCCUUGCGCAGACCUCCCACACAGCAGCGGGACGACGAGAGCGACGUCAACUCGCACCGAAUCGCACACACCCUCACCGCAUGUUGUCGCUGCAGACAGCGCAAAACGAGGUGCGACCCAACGCUACCCAGGUGCCUACCCUGCGAACGCUCCGGCUCAGUUUGUGAAUACUUCGACACCACGAGGAAUAAGAAGAUAAACCGCAACUAUGUCGUCCACCUUCAACAGAAAGUGCGCCAGUUGGAGGCGGAGCUGUCCCAGUACACUGACGACGACAAUGACCACCCCGAAAGCGCAGAAGACAUCGUACGGCCAGGCGGCCUUGUCAAACUCAGCGAGUCAGACGAGACGCCACGCUAUCUAGGACCUAGCUCCGGAAUAGCCAUGACAAGGUUGCUGAUGGACCAGGCCAAGCGAUAUACGGACUCUCAGCGCAUAUCAGAGCUGUUCCCCGACGUUCGUGCGAGGAGGAUGGAUCGUUUCGACAGGAUGCAAAGCAUAGUUCACAUGGGCGCAAGCGUAAGCGGCCCGUCUGGGAUGGCUGCCAGGAAGAAGAAUUUCCCCAUGGUCAGCGAAAUUCCAGCUCAGACACUGCCGGCACGACAAGUGGCAGACAAGCUCGUCGAGGUGUUCAACUCGCGAGCACAAUAUUUCACGCCGACACUGCAUGAAAAGCAGUUUGAGACGGAUCUUCAAGAUGUCUACAACGGCAGUAAUGACCCAUAUAAAAACUUCGUAGUGCGCAUGGUCUUUGCGAUAAGCUUACAGAAGCUCGAUAUCCAGUACGCCGGACUCGCCGACAGCUACUACGUGGGCGCCAUGUCCUACUUUGAGGAUGUCGUCCGUCCCAAGGAUCUCAAGACGCUCCAAUGCUUGGUACUCAUUGGCACAUACUCGCUUCUCACCCCAACACGGACCGUCGUUUACCACAUCAUCGGCUUGGCGACAAAGAUCUGCCAGCAACUCGGUCUGGCCGACGAGAAAACAAUCUCCGCCGGAUAUUCGAUGGGAUUGAUUGAUCCUCUACAAAUGGACCUGCGCCGCAGGAUGAGCUGGAUAGUCACUGGAAACGAACUCGGUCUGGCGCAUUCCAUGGGUCGGCCCAAUGGGUUCGCAAAGGGCGAUGACUUCAUGGACGUCCAAUUCUUCGAGACUGUUGAUGACGAGAACAUCACGCCGGACGGCAUCCUCCCUGGCCAGCCAAGUGAGAAGAAGCUGGUCGCGAUCCAUUUCUGCAAAAUGCGUUUGCGCCAGGCCGAAAUUCGGAGAUGUCUGUACGAGAAAAAGCGCACAGAGCCGAAAGAUGCCGAUAGCCCUGUUUUUAUCGAAAUGGAACGUAAGAUCAAGGAAUGGAUCGAUUCGGCCCCGAAUGAGCCAGUGUGGUGCAAGCCCUGGUUUACCGGGCGGUACCACACCAUGUUGAUAAGUUUGCAUCGACCCUCACCCCAGAUACCGAGGCCGUCAAGUCGUUCGGCCUCGAUAUGCUAUGACUCCGCAGUCUAUAUCAUCAACCUCUCCAACCAGCAGGUCAAGAAGUCGGCCGUCGACAUCACGUGGGUCUUCGUUCUUACCUUGAACAUGUCGCUGAACGUUCUAUUGUGGGCAAUCUCGUACCGCGAGGUCCGUGAAGCUCACCCCAAGGAUGACGUGGAAGAUAUCAUCAAUGUUGCGCUGGACGUCAUCGACCAGUGCUCUGAACGGUGGCCCGGGACCAAGAAUGCGUCGCAGCUAUACUCUGUUUUUGGCCGUGCCUGCCUCCAAAGUUACGACACGAACGACGACCCAUCGGACUCCUCCAUAACGAGUGCCUACACGUCUCCGUUACUAGUGGACAACGAUUCCCCAGCUACAUCCGAGAAUUCUGCACCGACCACUGUAUCCAACGGCUCAGCUUAUGCGCAGAAUCAGCAGCGGCCUGUGUUCACGCAGCCCGUGUUUGGUUAUACUGUAGAGUCAGCAGAGGACAUGAAUGUCUUCAAUUUCGACUCGAACCCUUUCAGGCAGCCAACAUUCCGCUCCAAUUCCAUCUUCAAAAACCCGUCUAGCGAGCCGACCGAGGGUCGUCGCCCAUCAUUUGGAUACUUCCCGCCUGAUUUCAAGCAGCCGUCACCGGGCGAGCCUCCGCAUGCUGGUGAGGCCUUGCAGCAUCCAGGCGGCGCAGGCCAACCGCCAACCCAAAACCAACUUCCGACGCCGCCCGAAUCAAUGAACCAGGCCCCAACCACUUUCUCGCCGCCGCCGACUUCGUACUCGGAUGCGACUGGAAGUCCCACACCCAAGAUGAACUACAGCAGCCCCAUGCCGGUCGGCGCAAAUCAACAGCAGUCCGUUCCCCCGGCACACAUCAAAUACGAGCCCGCCCCGGAUGACAUGGGAUUCGAACCACCGUCAACACCCAACGCUCAGCCAACACCACAGCAGACGCCCCAGCAGCCGCCUCAUCGCACGCCGACAUUUACCGUCCCCCCGCUCCCUCUCCACGUUACUAAUGGCCAGAGACAAAAUCAGCAACAGCAACAACAACAACAACAACCACAACAACGCCCCUUGCCUCAACAAGCGACACUCGGCGACUGGUUUUCCCCUCCGCCGCCAUUCAUUUCACCAUAUGCAUUUAACGGGAUGAACUCGCCGCACGGGGCCUGGAACGAUUCCGCCGCGUCCAAUGCCGCGUUCUCCGGGAUCAUGGGCGGUGGAAGCUACGAGAGCACCAGCCCGACGAGCGUUCCGGGUGGCUUUGGGGGCGGCGGCCACGGCAUGCCGCAGGGAUUCGGAUUCGCUGCGCAGCGACACGGCAGCUUGAGCGCGGACCAGCAGAUGGAACUGAUGAACAUCCUCGAGACGGACGGCGUCGGCGAGAUCAACAACUUCUUGGGGAUGGACCUGAGCGGUCUUGGCGGCGCUCCAGGGCCCGACGGGCACAUCAGGUGGAAUUAAGUCAGUAGCAUGAGCAUACUCUGGGCCGUGGUUGUCUUCUUUUGGGCGGGGGUUAUACCGCAACCUUAUAUCACGUGUACAUGCAACCUCAUCUUGUCCCCACUUGCGCAUAUGAAGCAGGAUGCCGAGAGGAAGACUGUGUCCUCAUAUCUGGACGUUUAGGUGUGGGGAAAUCUGAAAUCUGCAUAGCUUAUGAUGUCUCAUUUACACUGAGUAUAGUGAAAGAGGGCAAGUCAUCGUGAUUAUAUCUACCUCACUGUGCCAUUAUAGUAUCUGUGAAGCAAACGGCCUUUCGCAAGACAGCGAUGCGACGGGGAAUACACACCGUGUACGAUACAGGUCUACGUGUGUCUUUUGACUCUUAGUGGGAAUAAUAAAGAAGGCGAAAAGGCCGAGUGAGGCAUGGCCGCGCAGUCAGAGCUGGCUUGUCAGGUAAGUCCCCAUGGGGUAUGAGGAAGUCUCGUGACAAGCCUAGCCGGGGCUCAGUUGUUGUCAAUCGGCCUGGAUCGGUGAGUGGGCUGCAGAACCUGGUUGUCACACCGAGGUUAUGGUCAAAAAGGCCGGCUGGACCAAGCAGAUCUUUUGAGCUGGGCGCAUUGUUCAGGGCAGGGCAGGGCAGAGCAGAGCAGAGCAAGGAGGCAAGCAUUGAACUUGCGAGGCGGCACCUGCAACGGCAGUGCGUAACUGCCAGCCAUCCCGCCUGGCCAAAGGACCAUAGUAAGCACCCUACUAUUGGUGAUCUCCAGCAGUUCACAAGACCCGUACCGUCAUCGCACCCGAGCCUGAGCUUUACAAACAUGACUGAGAGGUUCAGAGUGAG